AGGAACAGUUUAACAGCAGAGACAACACCCCCCAAAAUACAUUUAAACAAGCUCUCCCUCCUUUCUUCCCUUCACCCCAGGAUAAAUUUGAAAUGAUCAAAAGAGGGAAGACACUAGGAUUAAGGGGGACCAGAAAAGAUUCCUGUGAAAGAUAGGAUUUUAGUUGAGACUUGUUUAGCCAAAGAAUCAAGGAGAUGGGGAUGAGGAGGGAGAAAAUUCAAGGCAGGGGGAAACAGCCAAAGAAAAUGCUCCAAGUUGGUAGAUCAAGCCUUUUAUUCAAAGAAUGGUAAAGAGGCCAGUGUCAUUAGAUCAAAGAAUACAUGGAAAAGAGUAGGGUGUAAGAAGACAGGAAAGGUAGGAAGGCACCAGGUUAUGAAGGGCUUUUAAGGCCAAAUGGAGGAUUUUAUAUCUCCUGGAAUAACAGGGAGUUUUUGAAGUUUGUCAAAUGGUAAUGGUGGUAGGAAAUAUUCUUGCACUUUAGGAGGAUCAUUUGACAAACAACUUAAGGGUGGAGUGGAGUGGAGAGAGACUUUAGGCAUAAAGAACAAUCCAAAGGCUCUUGCAAUCACCCAGGUAGGAGCUGGUGUGGGCCUGACACUCCUUGGCAGGAGGAUGAGAGGGGAGAAGGUAUAUACAAGAGAUGGGCUAUGGGGAGGAGGGUGAAAGAGCCAGAGGAUGACUCCGAGGUUGGAUGGCUGGGAGGAUGUCAGUAUGUUGGAUGGUAAUUAAGAAGCAGGAAGAGAUGGAAAGAUUAGUGACUUUGGUUUUGCACAUAAUUGAGUUUAAGAUUUCUAUGUGACAUUAAAACUCCCAAUAGGCAGGUGAGAAUGAUAAUGGAGAGCAGGAGGGUGGUUAGGGCUAAAUAAAAGUCCUGAGAGUCAUUUGUAUAAGGAUGUCACUGGAGCUGAUGAGAGCACCAAGUGAAAUAGUGCAGAGGGAGAAGAGGAUCCAGGACCUUGAGUGAUACUCAUAGUCAGUGGGUGUGACCUGAAUGAAGAGCAGGUUCUUUAAAGAAGUGUAAAAAGGAGAGGUUUGACUGGUAAGAGGGGAAUCAAAAAAAAGCAUUGCCCCUAGAGAAGAGAGUGAUAAGGACAGGGCAGCUCGGACGUUUUCUGUUCUAAGCCCUUUUUAGUUCACAGAGCAGGAGAAGCAGAAAAGUUGCCAAUGAUCCCCGGUACCUGCGAUUCCACACCCAAUCACUUCUGGGAAGGGAGGGAGGAAGGGAGGGCCCUGGGUCACCCGGGGCAGAGGGAGAGGAAAUUCCCUUUCGAACCUGUUCCUCUGCUUCCUGCUCCUGUUGUCUGGGAGCUGCCCGGCUCCUGGGCUCUGGGAUCCCUGGCCCCUUCCUUCUCACAGCCAUGGCCACCGCCCCAGGACUGCCCAGGGUCCCGAAAUCCAAGCCAUCCCUCCCCUCUCACUACUAUGAGGGUUUCCUGGAGAAGAAGGGACCAAAAGACAGGGACUAUAAAAAGUUCUGGGCUGGCCUCCAGGGUCUCACUAUCUUUCUCUACAACAGCAACAGGGAACCCCAGUAUGUGGAGAAGGUGGACCUGAGCAACUUUUUGGCACUGACAGAUGAGCCCCCAAAGGGCAGCUGCACUAAGGACCCAGGCACUCACUUCUGCCUGUCAUUGGAAGGUCAGGAGAUCAGAUUCAAGGUGGACAGCCUGGAGUCUCGGGAGAUGUGGAAGGGUUUCAUCAUGACAGUGGUGGAGCUGAAGGUCCCGUCCAACCUGACCCUGCUGCCGGGACACAAGUACAUGAUGGCUGAGGCCCUGUCCAAGGAAAAGGAUCGCCGGGCCCAGGAGAAGCCCUCCUGCUUUCUGAACGUGAGCCGGGUGGAGGCGCAGCUGCUCCUGGAGAGGUCCCCGGACUGCGGGAACAUGAUUCUGCGGCCCGGGAGCGACCGCUCAGGAGGCUUCUCCAUCACCACCCUCCAGACGCUCAACGGGGCCGAGGUGGUGAGACACUACAAGGUGAAGCGCGAGAGCCUCGGCUACGUCAUCGACGUGGAGGAGCCGGUCUCCUGCGCUUCUCUCCAUGACGUAGUGAACUACUUUGUCUCCAACACCAAGGGGGCUCUGGUGCCCUUCUACCCAGACGAAGACUAUGAGAAGGUCUUGGGGUUUGUGGAGGCCAACCAGGAGAACGGAGAGAACGCAUGGACAGUGCCCAAGCCUCCGGUCCCGCGGGUGCCAGGUACAUCUCAUCCUCUGGGUCCUUCUCUCUCUGGAGGAGAAGCUCAACAGAUCCAGCAGCUGCCUGGCCUGGGCAAGCCCCCCUGGUUGCCCACACCUGUGCCACCCGUGCCUGCUCAGGAUGAGAACUACAUUAUCCCUAUCAGUGAUGAGCCCACCACCCAAUAUGUGAAUGAAGAUGAAAUGGCCCAGCUCUGCCGCCUGAAGGCUCCUGCACUGCCCCAAUGCCUGCUGGCUGGCCCUAAACCCAAGAAACCAGGGAAGCCACUGCCCAAAGUGCCUCCUGUGCCCAACAAGACCAAGACAGAGCCCAGAGGCCUCUGUGGGCCCAGGAAAGCUGCCCCCGCCUCUUCCCAGCCCAAGGUUCCUUUUGGCCCGUCUAUCUCCACAGAUAUUACUGAGGAACUGGAAAGGAAGCUGCAGCAGAGAAGAGCCAACCUGGAGAAGUGACAGCUGCCAGACACCUGGACGGGCCCUCGGACCAGUGGGGGCAGGCCCUCCUCUGGGCCCUGACUCCAGGGGAUGCUGCCCAAGACGCCUCUUCCCCCUUUUACUCCUUCCAGUUUUAGCCCUUUAGUAGGGGGGCACAUCUGGAGCCCCACCUCCUCUAGGGACACCUCCCCCAUAUGGAUAUUAAAGCUAAAGAAAAGAAA